AUGUCUGAAGAAUAUGUUGAAUGGGAUGUUCAUGCAACCAAUGAUGCCUUGACUCCUCGUGUGGAGUAUGAUGAUCCGCUCUCGCAAUUCAGCGAGUCAGAGCAUCAGUAUUAUUCACCGUAUGUAGCGGCAGCAGUGCAAGAUACCCCACCUUUACCUCCAAUCAUUCCAUCAUCAUCGCCUAUCAUUGACUCAAUGGACUCACUACCAGCAAGUACAACACCACCCACCCCAACAAAGUCUCCAUUUGUUCCUCCCAAAUCAAAACCUAUUGAGUUAAGCAAUGCCAUUGAACCACUAGCUAUGGAUAUAACGAUAAGCGACCCUCAAAAGCAUCAGGAUGCAACUCAAGGAGCCUUUAUUAGCUAUCUUGUUACAACCAAUACACAGGUAGAGAACUUCAGCUCAAGCCUACCGCGGCCUGUGAGAAGACGAUAUCAGGACUUUGUAUGGCUGCAUACCACAUUAUCUCUUGAAUAUCCUGCUUGUAUAGUCCCACCAUUGCCAGAGAAGCACAGAUUAGAGUAUAUUAAGGGAGACAGAUUCAGUACAGAGUUCAUCCAGAGAAGACAAUUGAGCUUGCAAUGGUUUUUGGACAGAAUAUCAAGACAUCCCUUAUUGCAAAAGUCACAAUGCACUCGUAUCUUUCUUGAAUCAACUGAUUUUAAAAACGACAAGCGAUCACAAGUCUUGAAUAUACCACACACCACAUCCAUCAUCGAUUCCAUCAGUGAUACGCUUGUGAAUGCAUUUGCCAAACUAAAGAAGCCAGAUGAACGGUUCGAGGAAAUGAAGGAGCAGAUCAGCAAACUGGAGGACAAUUUAAACACAGUAGAGAAAUUAUACUUUCGCAUCAACAAGAGGCAAUUGGAUCUGCAGAAUGACUAUGCAAACUUUGCAAAUAGCAUUCAGGGGCUAUCAGCAUUGGAGACAAAUAUCACCAAUUCCCUAUACCGAUUUGCAGAGACAUCUAAAGCAUAUUCAAAAGCCAUGAAGGAUAUGACGGAGGUAGAAGAGGUGCAAUUUUUAAACGAAAUUCAUGAGUUGCUAGCCUACUGCCAUGCUGCCAAGGAUGUGUUGAAAGCAAGAGAUCAAAAGCAGCUUGACUUUGAGGAACUAUCUGUAUAUUUACACCAAACAGUGCAGUUACGUGAUCGUACACAAUAUCCAGGCCGAAAAUACAAUGAUAGAGGAAUGGCAGCGGGAGGUUUAUACAUCUCAGAUUACGUGACGGAUAAGUUGAAUGAAGUGCGAGGUGUCAACAUGGAGAGAGCACGCAGAGAAAAGUUAAGUAAGCUAGAAUUGCGCGUUAAAGAGUUACAAGACGAAGUAACUAGAGCCAACGAUGAUUCGAAUGGAUUUUCAAAUCAAGUGAUCAAAGAGUUUGAAGUAUUUCAAAAAACUAAGACAUUGGAGCUGAAGCAGGGCUUAUUAGCAUAUGCAGAUUGCCAUAUUGAGUUUUAUCAAAAGGGCAUAGCAAUCUGGGAAAAGGUAUUGCCUGUACUCGAAAGUAUGGAUGGAGUCAAGGGAGAUGGACCAACAAUUAACUAG